GGCAUAAAAUAAUCCCCAGUCUUUUGAUCAUGAACUUCCAUUCCCCAAUUUUAAAUUUUAAUUUCUGAUUAAAUCUUUUUAGGGUUCAACCAAUUAGAGAAGAGAAAUAUGUUAAUUUGCAGGCAUGCACAAACUCAUAUUCAUGUCUUUUGCACUUGGGCAACUACUUGGAAGCUCACACUUCUUUCAGGUUAAGUGACCAAAUUCCAGUCAAAAUCAUUGCAUUCACAUCUAUAAAUACAUCUGGAUCACACAAUCUUUCACCAAUGUCUUUUAUUGCUUCAAAGUUCAAACAAAACAAAAAAUAUUUCUCCAAUUAAGUUUUGUGCAUGCAUGGGAGAACCCAAUUCUAGCAAUGCCUAUGGAGCUGCCUCUUCCUCCUAUAGAGGAGUUCGAAAGAGAAAAUGGGGCAAAUGGGUGUCCGAAAUUCGUGAGCCCGGGACCAAAACCCGAAUCUGGCUAGGCAGCUUCGAGACCCCGGAGAUGGCAGCAGCCGCCUAUGAUGUUGCUGCAUUACAUUUCCGUGGACGGGAGGCGAGACUCAACUUCCCCGAACUGGUGAACAGCCUGCCUCGCCCCGCGAGCUCAAAUGCGGAGGACAUUCGCAUGGCAGCACAUGAAGCAGCCUUGAGGUUGAGAAGUAGCCCCGCUGCUGAAGCUCAUGAGGCUGGGAGCUCCAGCUCGAACGUGGGGCCCGUCACGGUGAGGCUGUCGCCGAGUCAAAUUCAGGCCAUUAACGAGUCACCCUUGGACUCGCCCAAGAUGUGGAUGCAAAUGUCUGAGUCCAUGAUGUUCUCUGGUGGCCUUGAGGAUCAGUGGGAGGAUAUUCAAAAUGAUUCUCUCUGGGAUCCUUAGGUAACGUUUACAAGAUACAAAUGACAAAUGAUAGACAAUACUUUUUAAAAAAAAUUAAUUAUAAUAUUACAAUUAUUUUGAUUAUUAUAAUUAUGUGGGACGUAGUUUGACCUAUACAAAUAAGUCUUCCACGGUUUCAUUAUUUUGUUUGUUUUUAAAAUAAAAAUAAAAAUAUAUAGUACUACUGAAUUGACCUAAAAAAAAUCUAAGUACUAGUGUCGUAGUAGGUGUUAUUGAUUUUGUGUCGUGUAAGGACCACAAACUCUUUCGCUACUUUUUACAACAGCUUUUUAAGAGUGUUGUGUGAUUUAAUUUUUUUUUUCCUCCAUUGUUUAUAUAUUUGAUGUAAUGGAUAAUUUGUCAUUCAGACUAAUGAAUUAAUAAUAAGAGUGUACGUACGAUCUUACUUUCCAUUGAUUCUUGUAUUUAUAAUAUGGUUCGUGUGAUGUGUUGUUAAUCUAAUCAGAAUUUUCGCCUUUUCUUUACGAAAGAAUCCCAUAUUUGUGUUUUUUUAUUUAUAAAUAUUGGUUAUGUAAUUCAUUGUCCCUUUUCUUUAUGAUGAUGGGUUCUAUAU